AUGGACGAACUACCCGCCACGGCCCCGAGCAGAAAGGAAGUCCGCAGAUACUAUAGAGGGCUUCCGGAUAGUCCAAAUCUCGUUGCGCGAUCCACCACGACUCCAUGGAACGACAAUGGCAUCUAUGAAAGAUUACUCGACCCCGUCGGAAAGCACGCUGUUGUUCCACUCUGGAAUGACUCUACGGGCUCACUGCGUUGCAAGAUUCUUGAAGCCGUCGAGAACAUCGACUGGAACGCUAUCGACAUCCUCCGUUGCGGUUCCACAGAUUUUAAGGAUCGCGACCUUAUUCGACCAGUCAUCCUUUUCGUAUCGGUGGAGCCUAAAUAUACAACCUGGUUGAACGGAAGAGCCGUGGCCCUCAAAUGCUGUGAAGUUCUACGAGAUCACGGUAUUCACGACGUCGAAGUCGAGAUCAAGGAGUCCAGAAUCACCCAGUGCUGCUCGGAUGAUCAGGAUCAAACAGAAAGUGAACCAUCGACAGCAAAACUCAGCCCUUGCAUCCCCACUCUUCAAGAAGAGGGCUACAGAAGGGAUAGUAUUCAGCUCUCUGAGUUCCUGGGUACUAAGAUCGCCUCCUAUCGAAGCCCAACACGUGAAGGCACUAAAGGUCUUUAUGUACGCAUCCGAAAUACCGAAACCGUCGUUGCUUUGACCUGCCGACAUGUCAUCUUCGGACCAGAGGAAGAGAACAUCGACGUUUACCACGACACUCAUAAUAGUCGAGGUAUCAUCCAACCUGGGAACAAGACGUACCAAGACACGACGGACUUCCUCCGUGACCAAAUCUAUCAGGCCCAGUCAGCGAUCGAUCUUGGCGAGUCCUCCACACCAGUCCCCGGACGACGGAUUGAAUAUCUUCGUGGCUACAAGGACAGAAAAGAGAGUAGCCUGAAGCGACUUGAGCCUUUCGAGUCAAUGGAAUCACGAACUAUCGGUCACGUCCUUUUUUCACCAAAGUUCGGAUUGGGUCGUUCUUCGCCAGCCCGCUUCCGCGACUGGGCUCUGAUAGAGCUGGAUCAGAAGAAGCACCAGACGCCGGUGCAGAAGCUAGAAAACAAAGUACCCGCGGAGCUUGCUGCAGUCCUGGCUCGUCCCCAAUUCAUGUUCGGGCGGCAUUCAGACCAGGAAAGAGAGCGAAAAUACAACAUGCCUCGCGGGGUUUAUACAUCCACACAGACUGGUGUCAUGUCAGAAGCCGAAAUGAGAUGCCCUGACUUUGAAUUCACCGUUCCAGGAAAGACCAUUGUUGAUGAGGAUUUCAUGCGAGUUUGCAUGUAUGGUAGCGCAAGCGGAGCAAGUCAUGGUGUCACCAACACAGCCAGAUCCGUCGUCCGAAGAUUCGUUGAUGGCCGUCCGGUGGUUUCCGAGGAAUGGUGCAUCCUGGGCUCAAUUCAGCACGGAGCGAGGAAGAACUUCUCUACCCAGGGAGAUUCGGGUGCCAGUAUCAUGGGAGAUGAUGGUCGUGUCGCGGCAAUUUUGACUUGUGGUGCCCAGGGCGGUAACCGAGGAAUCCAUCAUAUCUCGUAUGCGACGCCCAUCGAGUCGCUGUUGGAGGAUAUUAGAGACCAUGGAUAUGAUGUGGAGUGGAUGGGCAAACAAGACACCACCUGA